ACCGCGGUCGCCGCUCGGCCGCUUACGACGUCUUCGCCUUCAACCCUCUGCUGGGCAGAGUCUUUGAUUCAACCGUUUCUCCCUUAAGUCGGUCUUGAUGGCUGCAUUUAACGUUACACUUGAUGACAGCUCUCCUCUCAUAACUUACACUCCUUCUAAUGCAUGGCAUGACACUCCGGCGAAUGAUUUCGCUGCAAAGCUCUACUCGCGCUCGUCUCUGCAUACGUCGUCAAUCGCAGGUGCGGCCGCAGAGCUGACGUUCAAUGGAACUGGCCUGUGGCUCUAUGGCGGCUUCAGGCCUUCCUACGGCUCUUACGCGGUCUCUGUCGAUGGCGCACAGAUUCUACGUGCGAAUGCAACCGCACCAGACCUCGAAUUGCGAAGCCUUCUUGCCGGGGUCUCUGGACUCGACACGGGACAACAUACGGUUACGCUGACGAGUGACGGAACGGGGCCGAUCGACAUUGAUUAUGCGAUCUUCGAGACGAAUGUGGGCACAUUAGGAGCCUCCCUUACGAACAUCACAGUUGACGACACGAACAGCCAGAUGCAGUACAGUCCCUCUGCAUCGGACUGGCAGCAGGAUAGUAGCUCGAUGUUUUAUAAUGACAGUCUGCAUUACUCUCAGACUACGGGCGCGCAAGCAUCGCUCUCGUUCUCCGGCGAUGCCAUUGCUGUCUAUGGGACUGUCUCGCCGUUGCACGCCAAUUACACGGUAUGCCUGGAUGGAGUAAUCUCGCAGGAAUUCAACGCAAGCGAUGUUCGAAUUCUUCACACGCAGACAUUACUCUACUUCGCGCAGAAUCUGAGUUCAAGCGACCACAAGCUGGUCAUCACUGGUCUUGGAGCGAACGGUACAGGGCAAUACGUCGACAUCGACUUCAUUAGUAUCUACAGUGCUGCAAACGACUCGACCGCCACGGCAACCCAUGAAUCUGGUUCCUCUGUAGGUUCUGCCACGAGUGGCAGCUCGACAACCGGCGCUCCAUCCGUUGUGGGAGGGAUGACGAAUCCUUCGUUGAACAGUGCGGCCGAUAAGUGAGGUUAUCACACAUGCCCUUUUUUUUAGUGAUGCUGACAGCAAUACAGUGUCGGGGCCCGCCUUAGUGACUCGUCUCGAUUAUCGAAGGGGGCCGUCGCUGGGAUUGUCACGGGC